UCGCGGCACACUCCGCGUGCGAAAAAGGAGCGCUCACAGUUUCAGAUGACGGCGCGGACCAGACGACCUGCAUUUAUUUUGAUUUGGGACGUUUGUUGCACGCUGCCACUAGUCUCGUCAACUGGAGGAGUCGGCGGAACGAGCAGCGGAUAAAUGUCUUCGCCCGCACAAACAGACGAGGACGAGGUGGAAGAAGUGGAUGAGGAGGAUGAAGUGGAAGAAGUGGAUGAGGUGGAAGAAGUGGAGUUUGUAUCAGAGGGCUCUGUCAGACCAGUAAUGGACUGUAUUGAUCUGCUGAGCGACAGUGAGGAUGAGGGAUGUUCCUCAUUCGCAGGAGCGAGUGAAGAUAAAAUCACUCGUCAAAAAGCGCGCGUCACGUCUACACUGGACAAACUAGCGCAGCAGGUGGCACUGCAGAAAAAAGAGCGUGCAGAUAAAUGCAGAGCAUUCAAGGAGAAGCAAAUCUUACAGAGAGCUCAUGGACAGCAGGAGCUGGCUGUUGCACAUGGAGUCAAUCAGGAAGCAAAGCGCUGCGUAGACAUGUGGUUAAAGAUGCCAGGUCUCCAACCUGGAAUGCUCAGUGCUGGUGCUAGAGGAAGACACAGAUCUGCUUCUUUCCCCAGAAGCAGUUCAACCAGACACACUUGUCCGGUGAUCAACUGUGGUCGUGUUUAUGAGAACGCGUCCCUCCUCGAUGGGCACUUAAAAAGGUUUGAUCAUUCCCCUUGUGAUCCGGCCAUCUACCUGAAGGGAAAUCCGUCGGAGCUCUUUGCCUGCGUCGCCUGUGGUCAACAUUUUCAGACCAAAGAAGCGUGGAAGAAACAUCUUGAGACAAAGGUAUCCUCACCUGCUGCCGAUGCUCACGCCAUCACUCAGACAUAUCAGCGGAUCGUGUGUUUCGCCUGUCCCACCUGCUCCCUCCUGUUUAGCCUCCGUGACGAAUGCCUUCAGCACAUGUCGGCCCAGAACCACUUCACAGAGGCACUUGCUAUGACUGAAGCCAGAGGAAGAACACUGCCAGUUCCUGUCCCACAACAUGUUAAGAAUCGUCUCAUUGCUUUGUGCAAGGACACAGGGUUCAGGGUCAGAUGCUCUUUGUGUCACAAAGUGCUGAUCUCGCACCAGGCAGCUCAAGCUCACUUCAACGUGUCCUGCCGACAGGGCUGUGCAGUGGCCAAGGCUGAUAAAACAAUAGUGCAGGUGAUGAAACAGCUGCAAGUGUGCGGGCAGUGUUCCCUCUGCUGUCAGAUCUUCCUCAGCCGAGCUGAAAUCGAGAGGCACAAAGAAUCCACCCAGCAUGACGUGGAGAUCAACCAAACAAUUGAGAAAGCACUUCUUCAGCACUGCAGGUUUGGCCAAGUUCAACACACCCUGAGGGCUAAAGAGGUGCGGGGGGAAAUGCAGCCCGCGGGCCUUGAAUCGCCUUUUCAAAAAAGAAUCCGGAAAAAAAGCGAUUGCGAAAAGUCUCCAGCCAAACGGCAGCGGCGCGGCUCGAGCGCAGGUGACGGCACCAACUCUGCAACAGCGUGGUACUGCGAGUGCGGUCUACCGUUCCCCGAGGAGGCUGCAGCCAGUAAGCACCUCCUGGCCGUGAACCAGAUCUUCCAUCAGUGCGGCGUGUGUGACAAACUCAUGGGGGAAUCGUCGAUUACCCGCCUGCACAUGAGUCGCUUUCACGGCGGAGCCCACCUCUCCAACUUCCUCUUCUACUGCCGCAAGUGCAAAGUGGAGAUGCCUCGGUACGAAGAUAUCCUGUCGCACGUGUCGGACGCUCACAGUGGACACACCUACUUCGCUGAACAGGAAGUGUCAGAGGAGGUCGCCACUGUCAUCCACGCCAAGCCGUCCACCAGCCACGACGUCCCCCUACGUUCUUCCUCUGCGGCCACAGUCCAGCAGGGCACAGCGGAGCCGUCGUCCUCAAGAGCGGAGCAGAGUUGGAUGUGCAGGAUGUGCGAGGACAUCUUCGACUCGGAAGCGGCCGUGCACGAGCACUGCAGUGACCUGAGCAGUCACAGCUUUCAGAGAUUCGUCUGUGGACACUGUCCUCAGAAGUUCUUCAAGGAGUCCACCGUACGGAGACACUGCACCAACGAGCACGAUGGGCAGAUCAAGAGCUCCCACUUCUGCGGCCUCUGCGACAGCAUGCAGUUUGAAAGCGAAGGCGAGUUCUUGGAGCACUACGAGAGUCUCCACAGCAAGGACUACUACUGCAUGAGCGACGCUGACGUUGUUCAGCCCGUCGCCGCCGAGAGCACCAGCCGCCUCACGUGCCCGUGCAUGAGUUCGGAGAAGAGCAGAGAGAAGAUGAAAGCUACAUACACGCAGUGCAUGAGGAAUCUGGCCACUGAAGGGAGAUGUCAGUAUGUGUGCGCUCCCUGCGGCGUGUCGGCGCCUUCUUUCGCGCAGAUGAAGACUCACGUCCACACAAAGCACGCCGCCUUGAACCUAGACAAGACCUUCGACGUAGAAUGCAAGGCUUGCCCCGAGAGCUUUGCGGGCGUGCCGACCUUCCACAGUCACUAUCACGCCCGACACUGUGCACUGGAGCCCUGCGUGAGCUCCAGGACUGGCAAGAAAGACGCGACGGUGGACACUGCGAAAAUGCUCAGCGCCUCGGAGAUCAAACCAGGCAACAGUGAGAGCGAAGACGAAACAAUAUUUUUGAGCAUCGGUCAAGCCAACAAAGAGAGUGAAGCAAAUCAAAAGGAUUCAGAUGAGGAAAUGAAGCAUGCGCUGUCUGUGAUUGAAGAAGCAGCAAGAGAGUCAGCAGAAAUAGAAGAAGCUCUUCAAAAAAGUCUACUGGAAUUCUAAUGACCGACAAUCCUUUUAAGUGACACACACUUCAUCAGAUACUGUAUUGAAAUGUUUUGUACAAUGUGAUUGUGAUCAGAAUAUGUUAAAUAAACGGGACUUGUUAUUUCA